AUGAUUUGUAUAAACACCGUGUCACCGAUACCGUAAAUGCGUAUUUGCUCUUCUCGUUAACGUUAAAUAGGAUUCUCGUGACUCCCGUGUGUGUUUCUCAUGUGAUACGUUUAUGGAUAAAGUGGACGUGUAUCGACAAAACUUACAAAAUUGUUAAAGUUUUGAAGGAGAGAUAUUAGGGAGGUUUUGGGGUGAAUUUUUCCAUAAAAAGAUUUGAUAUAGGAAAGCUAAACCCUAAUUUUCGCGACAAAUAACUGACUUAUGGUCAGUCAGUAAUGCGGUGUCUUUUAGUCAAUUUAUAGAAUUCAGAACUGUUUCAUAUGUAAAUUCGAUUUGAUGUAUUUUUUUUUAAUUUGAAAAUAAAGCGUUAUAAAAAUCUUAAAGAGAAUCAGACCAAAUGACUUUCGGUCUUCUUUAAUCGAUUCUCAGAAAGUUUUAGAACUUAGAAAGUUUAGAAUUUCUAAUAUAACCAGAAUAUAAAUUUGACUUGACUUAAGUUUAAAAUCAUUUAUUUUAAGAGUCUUGGAAAAACAGCAAAAAAUAUCAAUUAAAAAAUGCUUCUCUCCCAACUCUUUCUCUCACUUUGCACUUGCAUAGACUUGGCUUACGUAGAAAAAGAACUACUCAAAUGAGAUGGAGCGGGUUUAGAAAGAACUAAUACAUACUUUCGUUUCUUCCCACGGUUUUACGUUAAACAUAAACAAAUUAAAUAUGACCCAAUUCUACUGAGGUUUGUUUUGACUGUAAACCUCAAAACUCCCCUUCAUCAAAAACAUAACAAUUAAAUGUGGACAAGCAGCCGUUAUUGUUGUCGUUUUAAGGCCAAACUCCUCAGUCGAGUAAUCUGAAAUUGUAAAAAAUACGUUCAAGUGAUGAUUCCUUUGUGAAGGAUGAGAUGGCUCCUGCCAAUGAAAUUUUGGAUUAUCCAAUCCAGAAACCCAUUAUAAAGAAUAAGUUGCUUUAUAAAAACAGUUCUUCGCCGAAUUCGUUCCAAGAAGUCAUGAAAAAACCGCUGGUUGUUUUACAAUUAUUUGGAUUUUUUCCGGUGUCAGGCAUAACAAAACCCAAUUACAGAAACUUAAAAUUCACUUGGAAAUCUUUUCGACUCUUUUUCAACCUGAUUUGUUUGUUUGGCAUCGUGUUUCACUUUGUUUGCUUUUGUGUUAAACGAAAAUUGGAUAAAACGUUGGCUUUUAAUGCAGCGGUUUUUCAAGUCGAAGGUAUCAUCCUUUCCGGUCUGUUUAUCUAUUUAGCGAAACAGUGGCCCGAUUUCGUAAAAGAAUGGCAUUUGGUGGAAGUUUCUAUGAGAAGCUACGAGCUCACCAUGAAUUUAAAAAGGAAAAUUUGGCUCGUAUCUUCUCCGAUAUUAACUUUGGCUAUCAUUGAACAUAGUAUGGUAAUUUACCGAGCAGCUUCUAGUAGCAUUACGCAGCUCAAAAGUAGAGAUUUUUGGAAUGUUACCGAAAUGAUUAUUGCUGACCGUGAAUUUUCUGAAAUAUUUGAAACUAUAAAUUACUCGUUUCCGUUGGGUUUGUAUUUUAUGGUUUUGAAUAUCCAAAAGACGUUUAUAUGGACUUAUUUGGACGUGUUUAUUAUUAUUGUGAGCGUAUGUUUUAACUUUAGGCUGAAGCAGGUUUCCAAGAGGUUAUAUUAUAUUUCCAAAAUCGAGGUUACAGAUGAAAAUAUCUGGCGCACUGUCAGAGAAGACUACGUUAAACUGACAAAAUUGUGCGAAAGUAUCAACAAUCAUUUGUGCUGGUUCGUCUUGAUCUCCUAUUCUACGAAUAUUUACCACAUUUUGUCCCAAUUAUUUAGUAGUCUACGUCCAAUAGAAGAUAUUUUUUCCAAAGUCUAUUUUUACGUGUCAUUUUUCUUACUAAUUCUACGUGUGACCAGCGUGUGCGUCUUUGGCGGAUCGAUUUUUGACCAGCACGAAGAAAUUACCAGGAUUAUGACAACUGUACCUUCGGCAGCAUAUAAUAUUGAGGUGGAAAGGUUUGUCAUGCAUCUAGCAACGUACGAGACCGCUUUGACCGGCAAGAAUUUUUUUAAGAUCACCAGAAACUUAAUUCUGAAGGUUACAAGUGCUAUAGUGACAUACGAGUUGGUUCUAAUACAAUUUAACCAAAACGAAUUUAAAACCAAAGAUUUAUAGAUGUGUGGAUUAGAAUAAAAUUACUCUUCUUUUA